ACAAAAUGAGUGGAAUGAUGAAAUCUUUGUAUAUUGAGGACAAUGUCUCAAUCAAUUUAAAAGAUAUCCCUAUUCCUCAACCAUCAAACGGUUAAGUAUUGAUUAAGGUUGAGUGUGCUCCCAUCAACCCGUUUGACAAAGAAUUUCUUAAUGGAUACAAAAUUGGGUAAAAACCAUUAGUAAGUGCUGUUCCUGGAUUUGAAGGAUCAGGCACAGUUAUAGCUUCAGGGUAACAAAGAAUUUUAAAUAUUAAGUGGUGGUUUAUUAGGUUGGUAAUUAAAAGGAAAUCGAGUAGCAUUUUACACAGAACAUUAAUUUGGGGCUUUUGGUUAAUACGCAAUAGCAGAUGUCAAUUAUUGUGCUGAAUUGCCUAAACAUAUUACAUUCUAAGAGGGUUGUUGUAGUUUUAUAAAUCCAAUGAGUGUAUUAAUGAUGUAUUAAUUACUUGGAAAUUCAUCUGGAAUUGUGUCUACUGGUGCAUGUACUAAUCUUGGUAGAAUGUUAAUGAGAUAUUGUUAAUCUAAAGGAAUUAAUGUGAUUAAUAUUGUUAAAUCGUAAGGAGAGGAAAAACAAUUAAAAGAUGAAGGAGCAAAACUUAUAUUAAAUCUUAAUCAAGAGGAUUUUGAAGAAAAACUCAAAUUGAUGGCUUCUUCAUAUAGGUAUUCUACUUAAUAUUAAUAGGUAGUACAACAGUUCUAUUUGAUUCAGUUGGAGGUGAUCUAUUAAGUAAAAUAUUGAAUCUUAUGCCCAAUGGUUCAAGAGCUUAUCUGUAUGCGAAUUAUUCAAAAAAAUCACUUGAAGGAAUCUAUUGUGCUAAUUUAAUGUAUUAAAAUAAAAAAAUAUUUGGGUAAUUGUGAUUAUUAUUUAAUAGAUUUUCUUUUGUAGAUAUUUUAUAAAGUAAAAACAUUAUUCAAUUGAAGUUGAUGAUGAAUGAAAUUUUAAAUAACAUUUAGGGAUGUUUCAAGACCUUGCCUACACAAAUUGUAAGUUUGAUUUGUUAAUUGUAGUUUUCAUUAGAGGAAUUUGAGAAAGCAUUAGAAUCUAAGGAGAAAGCAAUAAUAAAAAUAUGAUACUGUUAUGAUUUUGUUCAAUAAUAAUUAUA